CACACGCACAAACUAUAGCCACACACAACAGAGAGUGGCACCAGUCACAAACAUAUUCCUAAAGGACCAUCACACUGAGAAAGAACAAAAACUAUUCUCUUCACAGAAGCCUUGGCAUCCAGUAGACAACACUGAAGAAUGGGUUCUUCAGGGAUACACAUUGUAUGCGUUGCCCUGGGUGUGCUGGGACUCAUUGCUGGGAUAGUGUGCUGUGCUCUUCCAAGGUGGAAAGUGUCAUCUUUCACAGGACAGAACAUUGUCACUGCCCAGGUAACCUAUGAUGGGCUGUGGAUGGCAUGCGUGGCCCAGAGCACAGGCCAGCAGCAGUGCAAGAGACAUGACUCCCUCCUUGAGCUGGCAACUGACCUUCAGGCAGCACGUGCCAUGACCAUCAUCAGCUGUUUCCUCUGCUCUCUCUCCAUCCUCAUCCUCUUUGCUGGCUCUGACUUCACCACCUGUGUGCAGAAUGAGGAUGUCAAGCCCAAGAUCACGCUGGUGGCAGGCAUCAUGAUGAUAUUGGCCGGCCUUUUGCUCAUGAUUCCAGUCAGCUGGUCUGCCCACAACGUUAUUCAGAAUUUCCACAACCCACUAGGUCAGCCAAAGAAGGAGCUGGGUGCCUGUAUUUUUUUGGGCUGGGCCGGUGGCGUGAUAAUGCUCCUGGGAGGUGGGCUCCUCUGUUGUUUCAGUCGCAUCAACUCUGGCAGCUCAGGUGGCACUGCAAAGUACUACAGCAACAACGCCUCAGCUCCCAAUUCCAACUAUGUUUAGAGGGGUCGGAAGAGAGGGAAGGGGAAUGUAGUAGUUACAACAAUGGUGAAAUACUGUCCCCAUCCAAAACUGUUGGAGCAGCAAGGUCAAAUCCUUUGUUUUUGCAAUACACUGAAUACAUUUGUGGUUGAGAUAAAAAGAUGAACAUGAGACAGAAGUUCAGAAUUUCAGCUUUUAUUUGCUGGUAUUUAAGUGUUAAACUAUGUAGAACGUAGCACCUUUGGAAUCAGAACACCCAAUUUUUAGGUGAACAAAAAUAUUGGAACAGAGAGUAUUUAAGUAAAUAACACUUAAUAUUUGGUAGCGUAUCCCUUGCUUGCAAUAACUGCACCAAGCCUGCAACCCAUUGCCAUCACCAAACUGUUGCAUUCUUCUUUUGUGAUGUCUUUCCAGCCUUUUACUGCAGCCUCUUUCAGUUGUUGUUUGUUUUGGGUUUUUUCCCUUCAAUCUUGUCUUCAGGAGGUGAAAUGCAUGCUCAGUUUUGUUAAGGUCUGGUGAUUGACUUGGACAGUCGAAAGCCUUCCCCUUCUUCUCCCUUUGUUGUGUUGCCAGUGUGUUUCUGGUCAUUGUCUUGCUGCAUGAUGAAGUUCCUCCCAAUUAGUUUGGACGCAUUUCUCCGUGAGUUGACAGACAGAAUGUUUUUGUAGACUUUUGAAUUCAUCCUGCUGCUGCCAUCAUGAGUUAUAUCAUCAAUAAAGAUUAGUGAGCCCACUCCAGAAGCAGCCAUGCAUUUGUCCACACUUUGGCCUUUCCAUCACUUUGGUAGAGGUUCCUUCUGGUCUCAUCAGUCUAUAAAACUUUGCUCCAGAACUUUUGUGGCUCAUUGCUGUACAUCUUAGCAAAUCCUUCUGAUUCUUACUACUGAUGAAUCUAGUACCAACUCAUUCUAACUACUGUUGGCAUCUUGUGGUAUAGCCUCUAUAUUGCUGCUCUUUAAGUUUUCUAACAAAAAUGCAGUCUUCACAGGCAAAACCCGAGGCUAAAACCAAGAGUAGACAUUCAGAACUAUUUAUUGUUCAACCAAACAGUCUAACAGGACACAUCUCGGCAACAAGAAACACCUGUCAGUCACAUGUUCCAAUACUUUUGCUCACCUAAAAAAAAAAAUCAAAAUACCAAGAAAUAAAAUGUGAAAUUCAGAUCAGCCAUUUCAUGUACAUCUUUUGACCUGAAACUCAAUUGUCUUCACUGUACAGCAAAAACAAAGGAAUUUACUUUGCUAUUCCAAUAAUUUAGGAAAUUUCCAAUAAAUGUGCGGAGACAGACAAAUGGUUAUUGUCACAAUUUAAAUCAGAAACCGAUUCCAGAUCUCAUUUAGUCCCCUGUCAACGUUAAGAAUCAAAUGACAUUUUUACUUCUGAUGAGAUUUCUACAUUGCGAGCAAGCACAGCACAGCUAUUUAACAAGCAGAAAAGUAGCUAUCUACCCAGCUGUAUUGGUGUUCAGGUAUGUUACAAUUUGCACUGAUUAGAGUCAACAUUUGUCAAAAUAUGAUGAAAAUGUAUGAAAUCGGUUAGGCAGCUUUUGCUUUACAUUGUGUGACGUCUUCUCUACAAACUUACUGUACCACUUAUCCUCAAAUGAUGGCACAUACUAAAUUAAAGAUGGUAACAGCAGUGUGUAUAGGUGAGACCUUUGCACAUCUGAUAUAUGCUUUGUUGCUGGUGUGGUGUGGUUGUCAUGCAAUUAAAAAACACAUACACUGCUUUAACUUGCAAAAAGUAUCAUAUUAGACGUAGUUUGAUAGCCUCGUCUAUGUAUAAUACAUCUAAUCUGUUGUGUAAGAUAAAUCAGUGGUGUGCGUGUUUUUCUUUAUUUGUUUAACAAAUGUAUGGUGAAUAAAAAAACAUUAAUCAACUAAAAUGCAAACAUAAUCCUUAAAAACAAAUGUACUUAUGCAGAAAAUCCCAUUCUUCCUUACAACCUUUGCUAUAGCCAUUUCAACGAUGCUUAUUGCGUGUUAAAUAUUCAGCUGCUUAUGUCAGGUAUAUUUAAUCCUGGGGUAGUGGAUGCAAAUUUAAAUUCACUUCACUAUUUUGUGUUUUUCUUUAAUUGUUAUCAUGGUGGUGAGUGAAACUAAAUUGGUGAGAGAAACUAAAUACAAUAUACAUUUACAUUACAUUAUACGUAUAUUACUUUCUUCGUUUGCAUCCAGUAGAAAAUAUAGUUACAGUAGAAUAAUGUACAUAUGAUGGGUAUUUUUAAAAUGAGGGUGUCAAUUUAUGUCACUCAUUUCUCUAUUCAAUUUCUUUAUCAAAAUGUACAAUGAGGUUUAUAGAAAGCAUUACACGGUAUUUGUAUUUCUUGUCUUCCUAUAGACCCAGAUGUAAACCAUAUAGUUGUUUUAUGUAAUAAAAUAAUCAUUCUCUCAAAA